GCCUCCACAUUGGUACAUUGGCAUCCCUGCCCAAUGACAGCCGCUCAUUAGUUUGACGUUUGACGUUAACAAUAAUAAAAGAAAGUGGGCUGUCCUGAACGAUGACUCAAAUUUAAGCGUUCACAAUCCCGACGAGCACUAAAGUGUUAUGACUUGUUAGACCGAAGAAAGCGCGUAAAAUGGUGGGUAAAAUAGAACCGGAAGAAUGCCUGCGAGAUUCGCCGAAAUUCAGGAGCCUGCUCGAGGAAGAAGAGGCAAGCGUCGACCAAUUGGAACAAAAAUUAGACAAGAUCUUGAAAGUGUGUGGGACUAUGGUCGAUUCAGGCAAAACAUAUGUUGCCCAACAAAGUUUAUUCGCGAACAGUUUAUGGGACUUGAGCACGCACUUUCGUGAAGACUCCACCGUUUUGUCUUCCUUAAACAAACUCAUUCAUAGUCUGCAAGAAAUGAACAAAUUCCAUACCAUAUUGUUAGAUCAAGCGUCACGAACAAUUCUCAAGAAUCUCACUUCUUUUAUAAAAAAUGACAUUAAAAGUGUUCGGGACUAUAAGCAUCACUUUGAGAAAAUUUCUUCAGAGUUUGAUAACGUUUUAGUGCGAAAUUCGCAAACGCCUCGUAGUAAACAGCAAGAAGUUGAGGAAAUGCAGAACGUUUUGUUAGCAGUGAGGUCGUGCUUCGGCCACCAAGCCCUCGAUUACGUCAACAGUAUUAGUAUGUUGCAGACGAAGAAACGCCAUGAAAUUUUAAGCACAUUGUUGUCAUAUAUGCACGCAUGCACGGCUUAUUACCACCAAGGCUCGGACUUGUGCGCUGAUCUGGAGCCGUUUUUCAAAACACUAGCUGAUGAGAUCGGCGACAUGCGCGAGGAAACAAUUGUCGUUGAAAAAGAACUAGAAAAUAGACACGCUUCCGUGAAUAAUUUUGAAGUUGUCACUCCAAAAGUAGGCAAGAAUUCGCCAAUCAUGGAAGGCUAUUUGUUUAAAAGGACUUCCAAUGCUUUUAAAACGUGGAACCGCCGAUGGUUUUAUCUAUAUGACAAUAAAUUAGUUUAUAGGAAGCGUUCUGGAGAAGAGGGAGAGACUGUGAUGGAGGAUGACUUGCGAUUGUGCACCGUUAAGCCCGUUUUGGAUGGGGAGAGGAGGUUUUGCUUUGAAGUCUUAUCUCCCUCAAAGAGUCACAUGCUUCAAGCCGACUCGAAAGAGAUGUUCGAAGCUUGGAUCGCCGCUUUGCAGAAGGGCAUCGGAGCGGCGCUGCAAAGAGUACACAGCAUAGAGAUUACAGAUAAUGCAAGCGGGAGAUUGAAUAAUUUGAACGAUGAGCAAAGCGGGAACGGGUCAAUUGCCAAUUUCAAUAAUAAUAAAAUUAAGAAGAUUAGAAUGUGGGAACAAUUGUUGAAAAUUCCCGGGAACAACUACUGCUGUGACUGUGGCAGCCUCAACCCUCACUGGGCCAGCAUAAACUUAGGCAUCACAUUGUGCAUAGAAUGUUCGGGGGUCCACCGGAGCUUAGGGGUUCACUACAGCAAAGUACGUUCUCUAACUUUAGACGACUGGGAGCCCGAAAUAAUCAAAGUUAUGGUAGAAAUGGGUAACAACAUAGUUAACAAAAUCUACGAAGCCCAAGUGCCUGAUGACUUCGUCAGAGCGUCACCCGACUGUCCAGGUACCAUCCGAGAAUCCUGGAUAAAAGCGAAAUACGUCGACAAAAAAUUCGUCAAGAAUCUCCCUCACUUCGACUCGCAACAGCGUACCUCCAGAGCCAGUCUGAUGGAAAUCCGCAAAUGGAGCGUGCGCAAAAUCCGGCGGCGACCCCGCAGUUGCGACAACUCGAAAAAGCGAAACAAAACCGUGUUCAAGUCGGACGAGAACGUGUCAAGGAAGUCGGACCGGAUUUCGGAAACUAGCGAAAGCAGCGACAUGUCGGCGGAAACGAGCACUCCGAAGAAGAAACGCUCGAGUAUAUUGUUGUUCGGCGAUUUGGACAAGCAACCGCUAGAUGGCACGAUCGACUUGAGCAGCGACCAGGAGUCUACAGGGGGAGAAGGCGAAGAUACGGUCGAGGAGGAGGACAUCGACAAACUGCACCCGAAUUUGUUGUUGUACAAAGCAGCCGCGGCGCACAAUUUACCCGUUAUGUGCGAGGCGCUGGCACUGGGGGCGGACAAGCAGUGGAUCAAUCUGGAGGACAGGGGGAGGAGUCCGAUACAUCAAGCCAUCUUGAGCGGUUCUGUGAUGCCUUGCGCUUAUCUUAUUCUAAACGGGGCCAAAAUAAACGCACAAGACCAAAAUGGCAAAACGCCACUACAUCUAGCAACACAAGAAGGUCACACUGCCCAAGUUUGUUUAUUACUCAAACAUAGAGCCGAUCAACAUUUAGAGGACGAUGAAGGGAAAGUUCCUUUACAGAUGGCGGAACAAAAGGAACACGCCGACAUCGUCACACUAUUGAGGUUAGGUCGGCUGAACGACGAGAUGAAGGAGUCAGAGCACGGUCUGACAGGUGACAGUAUGUUCAACGACGUAGUUAGGGAUUUUUCGCAGUUGGCGUGUUCUCACCCAGAGCGGUUACAAAGACAAAAGACAGACAACGAAUGAUCAAAUUUAUUACGGCGAUUUUUUCGCCGUAAAGUGUAGUUGGUUUAAGGUUAUGUUACCUUUUUACUAGUUUUUAAUAUGCAUUUUACAAAGAUGAAUGUAUUCAUUCCAUUUUAUUGUUUGCUGUUUUAAUGUUAUAAUAGAGUAGAAUAUCAUACUUAAAACAAUUAUAACAAUUGCCUUGAAACGUUUAUAAUUGCCUUAAUAUGUGAUAUUAAUGUAGCAUUUUAUAAUGCUUUGUACUCUUCCAAUGGAGCUGUAGCAACCACGAUGCCAAAUUUAUAUUGUUUUGUUACGCCGCUCAAUAUAACCCUUGUGUACGGGGUAGUUUAAGUCUAAUUUGUGCUCAUGUAUUUAAUGUAAUUUUAAGUGGUCACGUGACAAGAGUAGCGCCCUCUGUUGGAUAGUAGCGAGGUGGAGCUCAUCGACUUGUUUCAGUCUAGCCAUAGAUGAAAGCAAUGUAAGAAUACUCAGCUUUGGAUGUAACAAUAUAUGAAUAAAAUGUACAAACCGG